UAAAUAAAACACAGAAGAAGCAGCUGUGCUCUCAGGCAGGACGGUAAACAUUAGCCGGUUUUAUUGUUCAUCCAGAAAGUUUACAGCUUUAAUCUUUAGAUUACAAAUGCAGAUUAUUUAGGUGCUUUAAAAGCCUCUUUUCGCAUGCGUGCGAGAGCAAAUGCAAUAAAAUGUGAGUAAAUUACAAGGGUGGCGUUCAGGAACUGGACUUAAGUUAGCAGAAGAACUGAGAGCGUUUUAUUUCACAGUGAAAAUAUGUCGACAGCAGACCGUGUUGAGGCACAGUCCUCUCGGGGGAUUGGACGCUUCAUUAGCGGAGUGGUGGAAGGUUUUUAUGGGCGACCAUGGACUAUGGAACAAAGAACUGAGCUGUUUAAAAGGGAGCAAAAGUGGGGUCUGAACACGUACCUGUAUGCUCCUAAAGAUGACUAUAAACACAGGACGUAUUGGAGAGAGUUAUACUCUCUUGAGGAGGCAGAACAACUGAUUGCCCUGAUUUCAGCAGCUAAACAGCACAAUAUUGAGUUCAUUUAUGCAAUCUCUCCCGGUCUGGACAUCACGUUUUCGAACCCCAAAGAAGUGGCUGCACUGAAGAGGAAGCUGGAUCAGGUGAAGCAGUUCGGCUGCCGGGCCUUCUCUUUGCUCUUUGAUGACAUUGAGACAGAAAUGUGUGCGGCGGAUAAGCAGGCCUUCAGCUCCUUCGCCCAUGCUCAAGUGGCCGUCACCAAUGAGGUGUACCUGCACCUGGGGAAACCUGAGGCCUUCCUCUUCUGCCCCACGGACUACUGUGCUGCAUUUUGCACUCCCAGUGUGUCCCAGUCUUCUUAUUUAAACACUGUGGGAGAGAAGCUCCUGCCUGGUAUCGACAUAUUGUGGACAGGUCCAAAAGUGGUGUCCCACAAAAUCUCUGUUGAGUCAAUAGAGGAGGUGUCUUCUGUCCUGAAGAGGGCACCAGUCAUCUGGGACAAUAUUCACGCCAACGAUUAUGAUCCACAAAGGCUUUUCCUCGGUCCAUAUAAAGAUCGACCCACUGAGCUGAUACCGAAACUAAGAGGAGUUCUCACUAAUCCCAACUGUGAGUUUUACCCAAACUUUGUGGCCAUCCACACUUUGGCAACAUGGUGUAAAGCUUUCACUAAUGAAGGUUCGAGAGAUGUGGAGAUGGGUGAAGAAGAGUCGGACCCCGGCUACAGCCCCCAGAAGGCCCUGACGCUGGCCCUCACCGACUGGCUGCAGGAGUUCAUGAGACCAGAUCAGCAAAGAGGUCCGUGUCGUCCAGCUCGCCUAAAGAAAGAGACUUCAGAUGAGGAGCCCAUGCAGACAGACGUGGACGAGAACCCCUACAUUCCUGGCCCAGGAGAGAACCCGUUGUACACGGCCGAGCCCCUGACGCUGGACGACCUGAUGCUGCUGUCAGACCUCUUCUACUUGCCUUACGAGUACGGGUCCACAGCCAGGAACAUGUUGGAGGAGCUGAACUGGCUGAAAAACCACAGACAGGCUGCUGCUGCACAAACAGAUGAGACAGAAGAGUGGCGCUCCAAGGCGCAGCAGUUCGACAACAGAUGUGAAGACGUGGUGCAGAUGUUCAACCGUCUCUCGAACGCCCCAAACCGCAGGGUGCUGUACGACCUGUACAACUACAUCUGUGACAUCAAGAGCGGGGUCGGUCUGGCACGAGCCUACGUGAAAACGCUCGGUGGGCAGAGCCAACCCUCCUGUCUGUUGAUGAGUGACGAUCCUGAACCCUGGGGCUUCAGAGGAGGCCUCUCUGGGGAGUUCCAGAGAAUGCUGCCAGGACAUGGGAACAAGGACCUUUUCAAAGACCCUCCUAUGACGCAGGUUUACUGCAUACGGUCAUACAGCCAGGAGGACAAGACUGAGGUGCAGAAGAUUUUUGAAGAAAUGCAACAAGAAGGAAAAGAACAAAGCUCUCUUACGCAGCCUGUACUUCUCAGUGAUUGCCUGUCAGCAGGUGAAAUCCCCCCCUCGCCUCAGUGCGCUUUUGUUCUUGAAGAUGAAUUUGGAAUUUGUGGGUGUGCUUUGGCGCUCGCUGAUGCCAAACCAGCUGCAGCCAAGAUUCAGAGAGCAGUAAGGGACUCGAUGUUUGUAGAUUUCCCCUCCUUGGUUGCUUUGCAAGUGCUUCCCCGGGUCACUGAUCCAUCUCCAGCCAAGCGCAUGAUCGGUCAGCUCUUGUCGUCCGUCCGCAGCAGCGGGUCCAGAGGAGCGUUCUGUGAGUUGAGGCAGGGCGACCGGAGGAUGCUCGACUUCUACUCUAAACUCGGCUCCUUCAAACCCAUCCAGAUAGACGGUCUACCUCACGGUGUCAUCGUCAUGGCAACAAGCCUCUAAACAACCUUUCCACCAAUCAAAAAUGUAUUUUGAACCUGGGGAAAUAAUUGCCGUCUUUGAGGCACUUUAAUCAAUUUCAGACUCUUUGUUUUGACAGAUUGUAUCAGGUUUUGUGUGAAUCUUGUUCCAAUGCAGCCA